CUGCAACAUGCCGCAACAAGAUCAUCCGCCUAAAACACGAACCCGCAAUGGGUGCGUCAACUGCCGGAAGAGUCGCGUGAAGUGCGAUGGGAAAGAACCCUCCUGCACGCGAUGUUGGCAGAAAGGCUGGGAAUGUUCCCGGGAAAAGAUGACCCUGAAAUGGGAAUCAGAUUACCACAGCCGUGGGCUGGCCUUUGGGCGAGAAGGACGGUGGGGGAAAUCCGCUGCUGCGAAGAGAAAAGGUCGAACGAUAUCUCCAGAGGAGCAGACAUGGUGUCCGAACAACACGGUCUAUCCGUGGGGGUUUCUACAUCAGAAUGUCUCGAGCCUACGGUGGCUGUACGAAGAUGAACGAACGCCCGGCCAACCAUCCUCCAUGGAUAUCAGCUUACUUGUCCCUAGAGUGGACGGGAUGGAGAUGGCAGAGAAUUCUCUUUCCUGCUACUCACCACCGCUCUUUCCGCACCCACAAGGACAAAAACAUGCGAUCAUGGUGGAGUAUUUUAUCGAUCAAGUAUGUCCUCGGACUACGGCAAGUCCGAGCAUUGCUUCUCCUUUCAUAUCGGUGAUCCUCCCGUUUUGCCUGAACGGUUCCCAGGGACUUGUGGCGCUCCAAGCCCUGGCAGCGUGUUAUUGGUCGCAGUCGAACCCAGAGCAUGCCAGCGUCGCCGUGAAGUUAAAGUCUCAGGUUCUGGGAGAGUUACGUCGUCGCAUCUCGACUGACCCGUCCUACGCCAUAUCCCCAGACCCCGAGAUUCUCGUCCUGAUUAUGAUGCUGAGUUUAUAUGACAUCGUCGACCGUUGCGACAAAGGAUGGGUGGUCCACCUGCAAGGCGCCAAGGAUAUCAUCCGGCUUCGCCGAAGACACCUCUCUGACCAGACGCAAUGUCCAGUCACAGCCUUUGCGGAGUUAUUUUUCGCUUUUCAGGAUGUGAUGGGCCGCACAGCAUGUGCAAAGGCAGAUUUGUUUGGCCCUUCCUUCUGGGAUCAGAAUGACCGCAGAGUCAAUUCGUGGAUGGGGUGUAGCCCCGAGCUGGUCUCCAUCCUCUUCGCCAUCCUCGAUCUAAGCCGAACCCGGCCGCAUAUUAACUCUGAUUUGGAUCAGGAGGUCGAGUUUAGCAUGAAAGCCGCUUCAUUGAAUGUCCGACUGAGGGACCUAGGGCAAGUUUUACCGGAUCCAGAAAACCGCGCGCUUCAUGCGGUGGCAGACCUCAAGAGGUUGGCCUGCACGAUUUAUCUUCACUGCGCCUUGUAUAACGCGGGCCCGUCCACCCCAAUCAUUCGCGGCCUCGUUCGGCAAAUCCUCCAACAGCUCUCUACCCUACUCAAAGAGAAUCUCGUGGUAAAUGCGACAUGGGCGAUUUUUGUGGCCGCCGUCGAGCUGGAUCCAGCAGAUGAGGAGAAUUGGCAGGACCCCGUCACCGGGGACUUUGUCGAUGGACGUGCCCUGAUCUUGAGAUCACUUGCCACGAUGGCCAAUUCCACGAUUUCCAGUGUGGCACGCGUCCGAUCCAUCAUCGAAACCGUCUGGCAAUCACGAGACUCCGAUCUAGCCGCAGGGUCGUCCCGACCGCAAUUGUCUCGAUACAAUGACUGGGAGUGGUAUGUUGUCCCGUUGAGCGACGCAUUAAGCCUUGUAUAGUUCGUAAGACUAUGAGUCCUCUAACAACAUCAAACCACAAGAAUAAAGCCUUUUGAUUGGCUGGAGAAAUACUAUUAUCUCCGAACUAUUCCCACCGUGGAUGACGUCACGUCUUAUAUUGCCAGAGAUUCUUGUUAUAUCAAGAAUGCAUGCUACGCUGCUAGGAACAUCCUGGAUUGAACUCAAGGAAUUGAAUCUCUUCCACUAUGACCUCUCUACCCCACCGCUCUAGGUUACAAUCUUUUAGCGGGAUAGGCAUUCCGAGAGGUCUACAGAACGAGCCCUGGCUCCUGAUUGCAGGCAGUUGUGUCGUUGGAAUCCUUUUGUGGGGGAUCUGGGACUAUCGAGAUUGGGUAGACUUUGGUGAGCGAGCUAAUCCGUGUAUAUCCGGUUUGAUCAGGAACUGAAGUCCAGGAUAGGAACCGGUGGCACACCACCAACGAUCCGCGGGUGGUUCAAAGUCAACCGACUUCGAGUUGUACGCGCCUUCAGCUAUCUAUGUGGCGAUGACCUCCAGGAUGCAUCCGCCCUACCGCGAACCGGGCCGCGGUAUCUUUCUUCCCCAAUACCGCGGAGGCCAGGAGGGCGUCCGUCUUUGAAGCCGAGGUGGGAAUAUCGCUUUCUAAAC